AUGCAUGUAUUGGGUCAGUUUACACCACAUGAUUGGCCUGAGUUUGAUUGGCGUCCAACAGCAUCUUUAAAACGUUGGCUUGCAAUGUUAUUAAUAACAUACUUUUUAUUUCUUGUCGAAUUGGGUACAUUCUAUUUAAAGUUUAUUUUAUGGAUUCCACCACUACAUUUUUUAUGCGUAAUACGUUUAUUCUUUUUUUUACUUGCUGAUGGUGUUGCAAUGCGUGAAGUGUUUGAAUAUUUGGAUAAUCGGGAAUGUAAAAAAAUUUGGUCGACAAUCAUGGGUUUUAACAGUUAUUAUAGUAACAGAAGUAUUAAAGUUUGA